CCGUCACUGUCGAUAUGGAUGCUGGGGAGUAUGUGCUGGGGUCUGAGAAGGACCUUGUGGCCACGGCCAGAGUCCAGAACGCCGGGGACGACGCCUUCGAGGCCAAGCUGGUGGUGCAGGUCCCCAGGGGCGCCGCCUUCACCAAGUUCCUCCUCCUGGCCAACACCGCCGUGGAUGUCACCCCCAUCUGCUCCUCCAACACCAAGGGCGACCUAGAGGAGGUGGUGUGCGACAUGGGCAACCCAUUGCCAGCGCUGACGAACGUGAGCCUCGAACUGGUGUUCCAACCUAAGCAUGACCAGGUGAACGACACAGCCCUCGAGUUCCACGUGAGGGCGACCUCCACCAACCCCGGGCCGACCUCAACACCUACGACAACCACAUGGCCCUCGCCCUCCGGUCACCGUCAAGACCCUCAUUGUAAUAAAGGGAUAUCGUGGCCAGACGGACCCUUUGACUACAACGCCUCCUCUACGGGAUGGGCCUGGUGGGUGAGGGGCAGCAUCACCCACGAGAAGAUCGGCCCCAGGUCACCCAUGUGUGAACGUCACCAACAGGGGCCCCUCAGACCUGCCCUCCGCCCUCAUCUUCCUCCUGUGGCCCUAGGACUCUCUGAUGACCCACUACUCUAUCUCCUCGAUGCUCCUGACGUGGCCCAGCCAGCCGUGUGUCAUUCUGUACCUGACGUCAACUACCUGGGCCUUGGUUGA